ACAGUGUCGAGAAGAAGUUACUGAAGAUUGAAUUAGGUAGAUGUGUUCCAUCGAUCCGAGGAUGCCGCGUGUGUUGGUUUAACUGUCAACAACUUUAUUUACUUGCUUUAUCCUCUUAUCCAUUGGGGUGUAGAAUAGGAUGCCUCAGGAUGGGUUGGGGAGUAAGUCGGGUGGGAAGAAGAGGUCAGGCGGUGUUCCUCGCGUGCGGAGUCACACGGACGCCGAGCUGCAGUACUACCGCGACCAGGACCACGACAACCUCCUCCCACCACCCUUCAGAGCCCGACUUCAGGAUCUGUUCAUACAAAUAGAAAAGGAAUUUGAAGCUCUGUAUGCGGAAAAUUUUGCUUUGCAAGACAAAAUUGACGGCCUCACCGAGAGACUGGAAAGAGAAUCUGUCAUAGGAGAGCGUCCAGGCGGUAAUGAUGAGAAUGACGGAGCGUCCACAAAAGGCCUGAAGAGUAAAUCUGGGGGCCAGAGUUCACAGAAGGUGAAGGCAGCCAACAAACUGCGUGUUCAAACCUCCAAGAUUGUCUCCAGCUUUAAGAAUGACACUGUAUCUUGCCGAAUGGUACGGGAGUAUGUUGGUCACAGAGACGGAGUGUGGGACGUGGCAGUGUCUCGCGUCGGCACACCAGUCAUCGCUACAGCUUCUGCUGACCAAACAGCAUGUGUGUGGGGCAUAGAUGGGGGUCGGAACUUGCUGCAGUACACUGGUCAUUGUGGGUCUGUUAAUUCAGUCAAGUUUCAUCCAACGCAAGACUUGAUUCUCACAGCAAGUGGUGACCACACUGCACAUGUAUGGCAAGCUGCCAUCACUCCUGACCAGCUGCAAUUAAACAUGCAGAAUCAAAAGCAGGAUUACCUUAUUGUACAGCGUGUGCAUUCAUCGGAGGAUGAAGUUGAUGGCAGUGAUCGCGAAGACGAAGAUGACGGAGGGAUGAUGUGUGUGCGAGGUGAUGGUGGAGGAGCAGCCACACUGCGCACACCACUAAAGGAGUUGACAGGACACACUAGUGUUGUGAUCGCUGCUGACUGGCUGCCAGGUGGAGAUCAGGCAAUUACUGCUGCCUGGGACAGAACAGCCAACCUUUAUGAUACACUUACUGGUGAACUACUUUCUCAGUUAAUUGGUCACGACCAGGAACUGACUCACUGCUGUUCGCACCCAACUCAGCGCCUUGUAGUGACUGCCAGUAAAGACACUACUUUCCGAUUGUGGGAUUUCCGCGAGCCAAUACAUUCUGUAUCCGUCUUCCAGGGACAUACAGAGAGUGUGACAUCAGUGUCCUUCACCAGAGAAGACAAGGUAGUGAGUGGCUCUGAUGAUCGAAGUGUAAAGGUGUGGGAUGUGAAGAACAUGCGAUCUCCACUUGCAACUAUCCGCCUUGACUCGCCAGUUAAUCGCUUAGCUGUUUCACCCACCAACGUCAUUGCUAUCCCCCAUGACAACCGCCAUGUACGUCUUUAUGAUCUCACGGGAAACCGCCUUGCGAGAUUACCACGGAGUAACAGACAGUGUCAUCGUCGCAUGGUGUGCAGCGUGGCUUGGGGUGAGGACUCGCUGGGGGCUCGCUGCAACCUCUUUACCGCUGGAUUCGAUCGCGUGGUGUACGGCUGGUCUAUACACUCAUUUAAGGAAGGCAAAGACUGAGUAUUUCAUAUCCUCAGAGCUUAAGGGAUCCUUUCACUCACUGUCGUUGGUGCAUCUGUCUCACCUUAACAGGACUGAUUUAAUGUUUCUGGACCUAUAUCUUAAUUAGUCCCAUCGUGAGCCUUCAACAGUUUCAUAGUUGUUCUUUUGUAUAUAAAAUUUUGUUCGUGGUAACCUGCAGUCUUCAUACUGUACCAUCCUGCCUUGUUUGCAUCAUCAGAGGCUUUUACAAGUACAGUAAUGUAUUCUUAGUUAAGGGGAGUGCCCGGCUGAAGCACAAAAUUCAUUAUUAAUUCAUUAAUUAAUAUAAAUUUCCUGUCAGCAAUUAAGGACACCAGAUACAUUGUUGCUAUAUCAAUUUUCAAAAUCCUACUUCUCCAUAACUUCUUGCUAAAUUCCGUUGAAAUUCAUGUGUAAUAUAAGUAAUUUAUUCCUCUUGAACGAGACAUAUAGAUAUUUCUGAUUAUCGCUUUUGUUUUGGGUGCAUGAAUUUUUUUCAUAACUUACCAUUUUUUCCUCAAAAUAUUUAUAAAGGUAAAACAGCAAAUAAUAAACUAAGCCAAAUAGUAUAAAGAAAAUCUAUAUGUUCAGCCAUGCAUAAUGUUAUUCUACUACUUUGAUUUUGUUUUAUUAGAAUCGGUCCAAAAAUAGCCAAGCCCUUAGGGCCGAUAAAGGUGGCGUGAGAGCAACUCAUGAUUGUACCUCACUCUUGCAUGUUUGAUGGGUAACUGACUCUUGUCCUGUGGUUAGCAAGCUGAGAAAGGUGCCGGAUACUGAUUUCUACCAAGUGAUUGGUAUUAUACUUUACACCAAACUAUUAUUAUGAAUACUUUUCUACAGCUUUUUCUACAUAAACAGAAGAGCCCUCUAAAUGAAGGGAGGUAGAACAAUGAUGCAUAGCUACAUAAAUAUUACGAAUUAUGCAAUAAAAAUAUGUCAGCAUAUGGCCAUAGGCAACAGCUUUCCUCAGGAAUUAUUCUGAAUAUUUUCGUGAUUUUCAGAUUUUCAUCGUAUUUUAAGCCGUACGCUCCCCUUAAAUUAAGUCAACAUUUACUCCAGAUAACAUAUCCAUCCAUAAAUCCUCCAAGAUCUUCAUGUUAAUGUAAGUGUAAUUUAUCCACAAGUAUAAUUUGAGUCCAUGUAUAAUGAUUUCAUUUAUUCUUCGUUUGUCCAAAAUGAAUACAGUACCAUAAGAUUUACAUGUGUCUGAGAAACUAUGAACAGGUGUUGAUUUGAUUUGAUUUCAUUCCUAAUAGGACUUACACGUCUGAACAGUAUUUAUAUACAGUAGUCAGUUUAAAGUGGUGACAGGAUGUAAUAUUAGUGGGAAUAUUUCAGGUCCAGUAUAAUGGAUAUGUAAUGUUGUGUAUGUUGACGUGUUUGAGACAUACAAGUUUAUAGUUAAUAGGUGUUCUGGCAUUGCCUGUGGGUGUUUGUAUAAAUUUGAAAGAGUAAGAUGAGAUUGCUUUACAAUUUUCUUGCUGUAGUAACUGCUGUUUUGGUAUUAACAGUGACUUGAUAAGAAAGUUUCUGCAAGUGAAUGAUACUUGGUCUCCAGUUGCCUAUAUCACUGAAAACUGGUGUUUUAUUGUGUAAGCCUUACAGAAAAGUAUUUUUAUUUAACAAAGUUUGGAAUGUGUAAAUAAUUGCAUAAAGUGAUGGCUAGUAAACUUGUACACUAUUGCCAAUAUAUAUGUAAAAUACUGUAGUUCAUGUAAAUUACUCUCUAUAGGAAUCUAUUAACUACUGUACACACUGUUGCCACUGGGAGGUACUAUACUUUAUUUCAUAGGAUAAGAAAUUAGAUGAAAUUUAUAUCAUUGUCAUGUGUACUAAUAUAAUCAUUCCUUAAUCCCAUACCAAGGAUUAAGUCUCCACCCACUUUUAGAAGCCUUAACACCUUUUACAGUUCACAAAAGUUGACUGGUUGCUGAGAGAGAGAGACACACAGGUAAACCUCCACACCAUAUACACUGUUAUUUUUUUUCUUUAGUAUUUAAUAUAUUAUUAUAUCAAUUGAAAACUUAAUUUUCUGCAGUAAACAUUAAGAUGAAGCUGUGGCAGACUAUAUACCCCUGUAUAUUGAUUUACAGGAGGACACUCUUACCAACCCCUAACUAGCAACAUUAAUGAAUCGUAACGAGUGCUAUCUUCCAAAAGUGGGCUGGGCAUAAUUGACAGGUUGGUUCUGUAAAUAUUUGUACAGGUGAUUCAGCAUCAUUGUGUUUCAAAGAGGCUUAACAUAAUUAUUAUUAAAGCAUGUUGAUCAUAUUUCACACAUGUUAUAGUUGCAGCAUUAUUUUUUUUUGUUCUUCUCUUCUUAAAGCUUUAUUUAGUGUAUAUUUUAUCCUCUCUUUAUUAUAGGGUAAGGUUUGUCUAGUCAGAAGCAUUUUGUGUUCUGAACCAAAGUAACCAAACAUGAGUUAUAAUUUAGGGUGGUGUUUGUCAUCUAAAUUUUAAUACAAAGAACUAGGGGGAAAAAAAUCUGAAGUAAAUGGGAAAUAUUCGUACGAUUCAGAGUGGUAUCUUAGAAUGUGAAUUUAUACUGUAAUUUUUUAUGUUCUUGCCAAAGACUUACAUUUUGUGUUCUGGAACAAUAUAGCAAUGUUUCCUAUGAAAAAAAGUUUGUGUUCAGUAUUAUGAUUAGAACUUUCAUAAAUGUCUAUACUUGGA